UAAAUUUUUUUUUCUGUGUAGAUUAUUUAUUAGUACAACGUUAAAAUGAUGAAUCGUCGUUAUUUUCCGCCACUCCAUGAAUUGAAAAAAAGUUUUAAAUUACGCAGUAGAGAAUAUUUAAGCGAAAAUACACUUCAUGGAUUUCGAUAUUUUGUUGAUUCAAGUCGUCCAACUUGGGAAAGAUUUGUCUGGUUUCUUUGUACAGUUUUAUCACUAUGUGCUGCUUUAGGAAUAAUAGUUACUAUUUUUGAAAAAUUUGUUACAAAUCCAACUUUAACUGGUGUAGUGGUGGGACAAGAGAAUUCCCAAAAUAUGUUGCCGAGUAUAACUCUUUGUAUGACGUCGGAUUAUUUAGAUCUUUCUCGAGUGUCCGAGGAUGAGGGGAUUACUUACGAAUCAUAUUAUAAUUGGGAUUGGAAACCAAUAGUCAAUAUAACUUCACCAAAGUUAUCUCAAUCAUUAAGUGAUAUAUUUCUCCAAAUAACACCAUCUUGCGAUAAUUUAUUAGCAGAUUGUUUUAAACAAGGGAUCAGAAAACACUGCAAAAAAAUUUUUAAAAAAAUGUUGACUCCUGCAGGAAUUUGUUGUAAAAGUUUGACAGCCAUAGCUCGUUCUGCAAACGACGAUAUGAAAUCACGUUUUACUCUAAAAUAUUAUAAAAAGUUUAUAAAUCUUUAUUUUUUCGGAAAUGAUGAAGAAAUACCUGAACGUGAGAGCCCGAUAAGUUAUACUAUGAGACGAAAUAUGGAAUUUAUGUUGUCGUUGACAGUAACCGAUGCUUCCGGAGAAAUGCGUAUUCUUACCCAUUCUCAGAGACAGUGUAUAUUUUAUGAUGAAGGUAUAUCAUACAACAAUUGCAUGAUGGAGUGUAGGAAAAAAACAAUCCAUAAAGUAUGUGGAUGUCUCCCAUGGUUUUACAGCAAAAAUAAAUUAGAGGAAUGUAGCUUAGAACAAUAUUCAUGCCUAUCGGAUAAUGAAAACCGCUUGCGCACACCAAAAUGUGCAUCUGAUUGUUAUCUCUAUUGCAAUCAUACCACCUAUAUAUUUGAGACCAUCGUGAACGGUGAUGUAACAGUCGUCGAUGCCAGAUGGCCGCUUGUCCGCUACAGACGAGAAGUACGAUUUGGUUGGCUGGACCUUGUAGUCUCGUUCGGUGGUAUUAUGGGACUAUUUCUAGGAUAUUCUAUUUUAACAACUAUCGAAUUGAUUUACUAUUUUUCUUUGCGAUUUUAUUGUGGAGCUGUUGUUGUACAUGACGACCAUAUUAAUAAGCGGUUUAAAAUAAUAAAUGUUAUUAAGAAACCAAAACAAGUUAAACUUCCGACUACUAUGAUGUAUUAUGAUUAUGUUGAAUAAGAAAU